AUGGAAAAGCUCAUUCGUGAGCGAAAAUCACUUGAGCCGCGACUCAAACGCGUGUCCGAUUCAGUGCUAAAAUUCAAGCCAGAAACGGCUGAAGAAGUCGAUGUGCAAACAGAAUUGGACGCGCUCCAUGAUAUUUGGGCUGCUUAUUGUUCAGUGCACAAAAGAAUUUUGGAUGCUAGUGCGAACGACGAAAUGUAUGAUGACGCCAUUGAGCGACUGUGCCAAUUCGAAGAGGCGUAUAUCACGCUGAAAAAUCGUCUAUUAAAGAUUCUAAAAGUGAUUAAAAAUCGUGAUAGCCUUGCAGAAAUGCAUUCGUCGUCCCAAAAUGACGUUAUAAAUCAACUCGCUCAACAACAGGCCGAGUUUCUUCGCAUGAUGGCUGCUAGAAUGGCGCCCGUAUCUGGUGAAAAUUCUACGGCACCUAAUUUUACUCCAGCGCAAAUGCCGUCGUCAGACCUAAAGUUGCCUCGAAUGAAUUUGCCUGUAUUUUGCGGUAAUUAUCUCGAGUGGAAGUCCUUUAUCGAUCUAUUCCAAAGCAUGGUUGAUCAAAAUCCAUCGCUAAAGGAUAGUCAAAAAUUAUAUUUCCUUAAGACUAAUCUGUCUGGUGAGGCUGCUUCGCUCAUUUCGCACCUCAAGAUUGAAGACGCAAAUUACGCGCCUGCCUUGCUAAAGCUGAGAUCACGCUACGACAAGCCGCUCGAAAUUGCUCACAAACACAUCGAACGCUUUCUAAGCCAACCAGCCUUGACAUCAGCAUCUGCUCACGGCUUACGUUCAUUGCACGACGUUUCAGACGAGGUCGUUCGAGCCCUUCAAGCCAUGCACAGGGAGGAUCGCGACACGUGGCUUCUAUUCAUUCUUGUCGAAAAAUUGGAUCAUGAGACUAAGCAGCUAUGGUGUCAAAGGGCGGCUGAUAUGCCAGAAGCGGAGAUCACACUAAAAUCUUUUCUCAGUUUCAUCGAAUCACGUAGCUUUGCUCUGCAAUCAGCACAUCCAGCAAGGCAACGGACGGUUGCUACCUACAAGCCUCCCGUGAAACCACAGUACAGAGGAGCCGCAACUUUCGUCGCAACCAAUACAUCGUUAAAUUGCGACGUCUGCGGAAAAUCAUCACAUCCAAUCUACCAAUGCGGUAAGUUCAUGCACAUGAGCACCGAGGAAAGAUUAGCUACUGUCAGCAAACAAAGGUUAUGUCGCAAUUGUUUGAGGAAGCACCCCGGUGAAACGUGCAAAUCUGGAAACUGCAGAAAAUGUGGUUUACUCCACCACACCCUGCUGCACAACGCUCUUGAGCCACCAAAUUUUCAACAAACUCCGUCAACAUCGUACACUGCUCAUGCUAGUGGUAAUCCGGCCGCCCAAUCGCUGAUUUCGGCCCUUGAUUUAACCACUAAUAUUGACGCUUCCAAUGUUCUGCUUGCCACUGUUGCCAUCAACGUUUUGGACAAACACGGACGACCACACGCCUGUCGCGCUGUUUUGGAUUGCGCGUCCCAAGUUAGCUUCAUCAGCGAGAGCUUUUCUAACGAACUCGGCCUGGAUCUGGUGGAAGCAGACAUGGACUUAGAAGGAAUAUCAUCCACUCCUGCACACGCAGACAAAUGCGUGCAAAUUAUCAUUGCAUCCCGAUGCUCGGACUAUCGCACUACCGUUCCGUGUAUGGUGCUAGAAAGGAUCACUAAAACACUACCUGUAAAGCAAGCUAAUAUCGACGGUUGGCCAAUUCCUUCCUCCAUCAACCUUGCUGAUCCUCUGUUUCAUCGCCCUGGUAAGAUCAACGUCCUGCUCGGCAUUGAACUUUUCUUUCAGCUGCUCGAACCUGGCAAAAUCACCCUCAGCACCGAUGACAGCUUCCCCACUUUGCAAAACACCAAAUUAGGGUGGGUGGUUGCUGGUCGUUAUCGAGAUACCAGCGUUUUGCCGCAGAGUAAAAUUUCAACGUGUUUUUUGACGUCAACUGAUGAAAGCCUUUGCCAGCAAUUGCGACGCUUUUGGGAGCUUGAGGAGUACGUUGAAACUUCAUCUCAUCUCAGUGAGGAGGAAAAACUGUGCGAAGAAUAUUUUCUUAAACAUACCGUUCGAGAUGCCAGCGGGAAGUUUACAGUUCGGCUACCAUUUCUGCACCCCCCGAGUCAACUUGGCGACUCGAGGCAAAUGGCUGAGAAACGUUUGAGCCACAUCGAGCGAAAAUUACAUCGAAACCCUCAACUCAAGCACGAAUAUCAUGCUUUUCUUCGGGAGUACCUCGAACUCGGGCAUAUGACGCUUGCUGAGUGCCCAGCACCCAAAGGUAGCGUAUAUCGCCCCCAUCAUUGUGUAGUCAAAGAAGCCAGUUCUACCACAAAAUGUCGUGUCGUCUUUGACGCCUCAGCGAAGACGACCAGCACUAACUCACUUAAUGACGUGCUUAUGGCCGGGCCCGUUCUACAAGACUCGUUGGUCAACAUUCUUCUUCGGUUUCGUUUGCCAGCAUUUGUGGUCACCGGUGAUAUAAAACAAAUGUAUCGUAUGGUUGAAAUCCACGAAGCGGGUCGUGAUUUUCAACGAAUCCUUUGGCGAUGGUCGAGCGACGAGCCGGUAAGCGAGUAUCGGCUGAAUACAGUCACAUACGGAACCAAAAGUGCAUCGUAUUUGGCGACAAAAUGUGUACAGCAACUGUUGGAAUCGCACAGACAACAGCAUCCGACGGCGGUUGAGAAAGCAGAAAAGGGAACCUACGUGGACGACGUUCUGACUGGCGCUGAUUCCGAAGAAGAAGCCAUCCUACUACGACAGCAGUUAUCAACGAUUUUUGCUUCCGGUGGAUUCUACUUGCGGAAGUGGGCAUCAAACAGCGCAGCAGUGCUCGACGGUGUUCCAGCCGCCGAUCUCGAAAUGCAAACAUCGAUUGAAAUCAACGAUACACGCACUAUCAAGGCCCUCGGCAUCCACUGGCAGCCGUGCAGCGACCAGUUCCAGUUUUCAAACAUACCGAACAAGAUCUUUCAGCCCACUAAGCGGACCAUGCUUUCUCAAAUCGCCAGUAUUUUCGACCCGCUUGGACUAUUGGCCCCGAUCGUCGUGAAAGCAAAGAUGGUCAUGCAACAAUUGUGGGAGCUGAAGGUGGACUGGGAUGAAACUCCCCCCGGUGAGUUAGUUCAACAUUGGUUAGUGUUUGUGCAAAGCCUUUCCGAUCUCAAUUCAUUGCAGGUACCACGUCGAGUAAUCGGCACGCAGGGAACGUCGCGAUAUUACCUGCACGGCUACAGUGAUGCAUCCGAGCGAGCCAUGGGAGCGUGCGUCUACAUCCGAGCCAUUGACGAUGACGGUAACACAUAA